CCUUAGUCUCAUACCGAGUUCCUUGUUAAAGCUCCCCUAUACACAAACCGUUAACACUGCCAGCAAGAUUUCAUUAUUUUUUCUAUGGUCGUUAAAAUAAUCAAAGUCCUGGCCUGAAUUUGCUGAAUCUCUUUAGAUCUAAUUUGGUUAUUAAUAGAUUACGAGCAAAAUGUGUAUUGUAUUUCCAUUUAACUGAUCAAUUGAUCGGUAUCGACAAUGAACAUGAACUACCAAAUGUGGCAUGUGGUAUGCGUGCUCUUCACUACAAGUGUGCUUCAAGGUUGUGUUCUCGCGGAUUACUGGUCAGAUCGAGAGGAUUUGAUUGAGAAUGAUAGGAGCUACGGUUUGGGAGCAACCCUUAAGCUUACAGAGAAGGAACAGAGGGUGAACAAUGUUCUUAUGAAGUACAAACUCUCGGAGUAUGAUGCUGGAUUGGAAGAUCUGGAUACGUUUCUGGCCGCUCAACAUUACUUUAAGGUGAAGGAUAAGAUUCAGUAUUCGAAAGUGUUUGAUAUAAUAAAGAGGAUUCCUAAAGGUGCGUCUCUGCAUUCGCAUGAUGAAGCUCUUGUGUCAGAAGACUAUUUAUUCAGCUUAACCUUCAGAGACAAUCUUUAUGGUUGUAUAGAUGGAGAUGACUUCAAGUUAUACUUCUUUCAAAAGAAUAACAUCAGCGAUUCGUGUAACUGGAAAUUGCUCAGUGACAUAAGAAAAUCUGAUGUCAGGUUUAACCGUUUUUUGAAAACAAAAUUGACGAUAAUCACAGAUGAUCCAGAGAAGAGCUAUCCUGACAUAAACAAAGUCUGGAAAACUUUUCAGGCGAUUUUCAAAUCGAUUAAUGGCUUAAUAACAUACAAACCAGUAUUUGAAGAUUACUUCUACAUGGCACUUAAAGAACUUUACAACGAUAACAUCAAGUACAUGGAACUUCGAGGUUUUCUUCCGACACUAUAUGACUUAGAAGGAAACAUAUACAGCCAAGAAGAAGUGGUAGGGAUCUACUCAGACGUUUUAAAGAGAUUCCAAAGAGACUUCCCCGAUUUUUUUGGCGCCAAAUUUAUCUAUGCCCCCAGUCGGCACUGCGAUAACUCUACAAUGGACACAUUUGUUGAAACUUUUAGGAAAAUCAAAAAACUGUAUCCUGAUUUCGUUGUUGGCUUUGAUUUAGUGGGUCAGGAAGAUAUGGGUCAACCACUAACAGCCUUUGUGCCCCAAUUGAUAGAACUCAAAAAUCUUGGAGCCAAAUUCUUCUUCCAUGCUGGCGAAACAAACUGGUACGGCGAAACAGACCUGAACCUAUUCGACGCCAUCUUGUUAAACUCCACCCGAAUUGGGCAUGGAUAUUCGAUACUAAAACAUCCUCUAUUAUCAAAAUACGUCAAAGAGCAACAGAUCGCCUUGGAGAUAUGCCCCAUUUCGAACCAAGUCCUCAAGUUGGUUACGGAUUUAAGAAACCACCCUGGGAACCUGUUGAUUGCUAAUGGUUUUCCUGUGGUUAUUGCUUCGGAUGAUCCCUCUUUUUGGGGAGCCAAGGGUCUUAGUGACGAUUGGUACAUGGCUUUUAUGGGCAUGACUAGCAGAGAGACGGAUCUGCGUUUUCUGAAGCAACUAGCCAUUAACUCGAUUGUGUACAGCAGCUUGGAUAGUAUUCAGAAAAAUGCUGCGUUGUCUUUAUGGCACAAUGAUUGGAAUGUGUUCAUAGAAAAUAUGCUGAUUCGGUUUCGAUAUAGGAUGUAAGAUUGAAAUAAAAUGAUUUAAAAAGUUUUGUAAUAUACUUUCUUAAUAAAA